AUGGGGAAAACCAAGCUGGCGGCACUAGACCCACUCAAGCACUUAGCAAAGUCGCAGACGGCGAUCCAGUACAAUUUCAGCUCCCUGCAAGUGACAACUCAAAACGAAAGAUGA